AUGUCAAUGUGGCGCGUCUCCCGCUCCCUCCUCCGCGCCGCCUCGGUCUCCACCUCGGCGGUCGGGCGCGGCGCCGGCGCCGCGCCCCGCCGGUGGGUCCCACCGCCGUGCGCGCUGCAGCAGCGCUGCGGCUACGCGUCGCUGCCGGAGGCGGCGAGGAGGGACGGGGGCGAGGAGGAUGUGACGGCGGCUGAGGCGAGGCGGCUGAUGCGGCUGGCCAACGUGGAGGCGCUCAAGCGGCGGCUCGGGGACGGGGAGGUGAUCCCCUACGCGGACCUGCUGCGCGCGUGCCAGGACUCCGGCGCCGCCCGGACGCGCGCCGAGGCCGCCGCGCUCGCGGGCGCGCUCGACGAGGCCGGCGUCGUCCUGCUCUUCCGCGACAGGGUCUACCUCCAGCCCGACAAGAUCGUGGAUCUUGUAAGGAAAGCUAUGCCCCUUGCACUGACACCUGAGAAUGAUCCGGGGAAGGAAGAGCUCAAGCAGCUCCAGGCGCAGUUGGAAGACAUCAACAAGCUUGCACACAAGCAGGUCCGGCGCAUCCUCUGGUCUGGUCUGGGUUUCUUGAUCACCCAGGUGGGCCUCUUCUUCAGGCUCACGUUCUGGGAGUUCUCGUGGGACGUCAUGGAGCCCAUCACGUUCUUCACGACCACGACAGGCCUGGUUGUGGGAUACGCAUACUUCCUCAUCACAUCAAGGGACCCAACCUACCGAGACUUCAUGGAGAGGAUAUUUGAGUCUCGGCAGAGGAAGCUGAUCCAGAGGCAGAACUUCAACCUGGACAAGUACCUUGAGCUCCAGAGGCGCUGCAAGGAUCCCCUGGAGAAAGCGUGUGGCACGACCAACCCUGACAUGGCUCAUCUCCAUGAGCUAUCCAUUCACAAAUGA